ACAAAAUAUUGCAUUUUAAAAAAUAAAAGAAAAUGAUUGGAAAGAAAGAAGGAAACUGCUACAAAGCAUUUGCCCUACCAAGCUCGCUUUCAAAUGGAGCAUAGCUGAUGGCCAGUGACUCCCCUGCCUGUUCAUGGCACCUCACUGCUGGGCUCCUCCAGUGAUGGUCUGGAUCAAGCAGGUUGCUAUUGAGGGCUGGCUCCUUCCCAGACUUAGCUCCUGGACUUCUGGCGGCUCUUUAGAACUUAGACAAUCUCACAAGACCUUGGACCAAAUAAAGACAGAGCCAGGAGGCAAACCCAUCCCAGACCCAGGUUUGCAGGGGGCAGGUCCUCUGGGCCAGCCCAGUGCGGGCAGGGGCCCUCUCCACUCCACAGCGGACCUCCGGAGCCCAGAGCUUCGUGGUUACUCCUCAUGGGCCACAGGAGGGAAAGCGAGAGCAACGUCCCCCUUUGGCACCUUUGGUCUAUUUCCAGGACUGGCACUUUCUGGCAUUUCUGUAAAUGAGGACUCUUAAAACUACCAAUGCUCUCCCACAACACUGGGAGCCAGAAACUGGUAAACUCUUCUAAGCAAGGCUCAUCGUCCUCCCCCAAGGUCAUGCCACAAGGUCUUGUCCUUGGCAGGGGUCACGCCAAUUAGACACAGGACACUCCUAAGGCUAUUUUGGUUGCUGGUCUCCCCGCUUACGUGGGCAAUUGAAGAACUGCUGUAUUUUCCCUUAUACUCCUAAACUCCUGGGAAGAUAAGGAGGCUGUGCCUUCCCUUCUCAUCCAGCUCAGCAUGGCCCUAGAAUUCCUGGGAUCUAGAAAACGGAAACAUCCUUACUGAGCAUCAGAGACGGUGGUGAAGCUUGAGAGCCGGGAUGGGAUGGGGUGGAGAGCAGAGACCUUUCUUCACCCCUCUCUGGCCAUCCAGAAUGACAACACCUGGCUUGCGCCAGUACCCCUCCCCCACCAGCCUGGGAGAGCCCAUUGUUAAACUUUACACCUCAGAAAUCAGCAGCUGCUACAAAUCAGGGCUUGAUUUACUGUCUAGACUUGAUAAAUUGCUGAUGAUGCAGAUUAAACAUUUUUUAAAAAGAGAUUCUUUAUUUUAAGCAUUUUGUACUCUAGAUUUCAAAGCUAAAAUGUCAUAAAUUUCCAAAUGUCAAUUUGUCUUCAGAAGAAACUACUUCUGCCUGUAGAUCCCAGAAAGGACAUAAUGUGAAGAAAAGGAGGCCAGACAGCUCAGUGGACUUUUCUUUUCUUUUUUUUUUCUUUUUUGCUUUUUCCCCCUAAUGCUCAUCUCAGUAAAAUGAAUUCUUUGCUUCCAUUUUGAUUCUCCAUUAGCAACAAUUGCAAAGAUAGUCAAUCUGGGGAGACUGAGGAACUCUGAUGGACACAAUGCUGCCCACCUCCAGAGAGACAGCUGAUGGAUUCAGAAUGCAGACUGAAGAUUGUCUUCUUUCUUCUUCCUUCCUUCCUUCCUUCCUUCCUUCCUUCCUUCCUUCCUUCCUUCCUUCCUUCCUUCCUUUUUUGGCCAUGGCUAACAUGGGAAUUUAUUUCAAGUGGCACUACCCAUUUGUAAUGUGUUUUGUUUUUCUUGUUUUCACAGUGGGAGGGGAGGGGAGGCUAGAGGGAGAAAAUGUAGAAUUCAAAAUAAAAUUGAAUUUAAAAAAAGGCAAACUGCUCCCUCUGCUAUUGCAGUGGCAUAACUGACAAUAUUCAUUUACCUCUCUAAAACAGAUUAAACCUAAAAGUGUGUGUGCUUACAUUUUUUUUCUCCCAGGAGAGCCUGGUUGUUAAACAUUUACCAGCAUAUCCCUGCCCAGACCUGAACGCAGUAAAAGCAUAGCUGGUGAUAACUUGGUCUUUUUGAAGAUGCUGACAGUGCCAGCUACAUAGGCGAUGGAAAAAGACUCCUCUCAAACACAGGGUGCAGUAACAGGAGGGAUGAGAUGGAAUAGUACUCAAAACAUGAAGACAUGGAAUCUACAGACUUUCUGCAGCUCAUGAACCAGACCCCACCUGGGCUACCCUUAGCCACAAGCCCACUUCCCAAUCCACUCCCCCAGAGGCAAAGAUGCCAAGAUCUGGCACAUCAUGACCACAGAGUUGAGAUAAAGUCACAGAUCAGGAUGCGUGGCUCCACGUGGGAGGUGAAGCAAGAAGGCUGGACUGGGAGAGCCGGUGUUGACUUUAUUCUCCAGAUUGCCACAGGAGACUCGUUCCCCCUGGGCACCAGCAUCCUCAGCUCUGGGAGCAGUCAGGGCUCCCUCUGGAGCUGGGUGGCACAGCAGGUGGGCGGCUGCCCAAGCUGGCGGGGAGGGCUGGGCCUCUUCUGUUCACCCCGGCAUCAGAGUGGAUAAAGGUCAGAGGAUACAUUCAUUCAAAGAGGACACUGUAUUUGAUCUUGGAGGUAAUAGGGAUCUGCUGGAGUUUACUGAGUCAAGAAGUGAGUGAUACAUUCAGACCUGAGUGAGAAAAAUCACUUUGGCAGCUGAAUGGAGGGGAGAGAAUGGGGCAAAGAGAGCAACUGGGAGGCUGUUACAGUAAUCCAGGGGAAGGGCCACAACAGUUGUUGCUGUAUGUCGGGGACCAAUACAGCAGUAGAACUGGGGAAAUCAGCAAGCAACUCUUUACAUUCCCAUAAAACCAGCAGGGAAUCUUUGGAGCAAGGUAAUUUUCAUUCAGACUGAAGAUAUUUGGACUUAAUGUUGCCCCCAAGGGGUUUGCUCUGGGACCCAGGUCUAGGCCAUUGGCCUAAGAAGGCUAAAAAAGCCUUAGGACUUUGGCAAAGAGUUCCUGAGAGGGGACGUCCUGGGGGAUGACCUCUCCUCCCUUCCUGGAGAUCCCCCUCUCUACUAAGCUCCCACAGCCUGUAAGCUGCCUUUCUUCAACAGAUUUUUGGCUGUUCUCUGGGGUGCUCAGCUCCCCAAGCAGUCUUGCAUGUUAGCCUCAAGCCCACCACUUGCUCCACCUUGCUGGGUGGCAUCCUCAGGAAAUUAGCAGAUAAGUAAGAAAUCUUGACAAGCUGCUCUUGAUUAGAGGGACUGGAAGCUGACGUUUAAUAAAGGUUAAUGUAAAAUCUUUGGAUCUGGAAAUUAAUUCCACAAAUCCAGAAUGGGAGGAGGCAUGCUUGGAUAGGAAGAUCGGGGGUUCUGGGGACCCUGGUGUUCAGCAGAAGUCCACAGUACUUCAAGCCUUAGGCUGCAUUAAGAAAGGCAUAAAAUGCAGGAAUAGGGGCAUGGGCCAGGUGGAGAGUUCCCCUGUCCUCGGUCCUGGAGUAUCUCGCGUCUUGUGGUCAGCUCUAGGGGCCGCAGGACAUUCACGGGCUGGAGGAGUCCAGGACCAUGUGGUCACGUCUGCUCUACCCGACUACAGAGGAGUAUGUUGGGCUGUCUGCCAACUCUCGAAGCCAAGGUCUGUCUUCUUUUUGUCUUUGCAACCUCAGAGCCCAGCACAGUGCCAGGCACAUGGGGGUGCUAAGUGCUGACUGACUCAUCCAAGGGUCAGACAGGGGCACAGGGGAAGGGAAGAUUGGGGCGGGGCUGAGUGAGGAAAAGGGCACAGAGGGGCUCGAGGUGACCCCAAGGGGAGGAAGCCCGGGGUCUGAAGAGCUGGCCCCAGAGGAGGGGGCGGCCUCUGGGGCUUUGGAGUUUCCUACCUUUGGAGGCCUUACCGCGGAGAUUGAACGACCUCUGGUGACUAAACGAGGUAGUUAAUGCGUGGGACACGUGCUCAGCAAACGCAGAGGCCGGAGCGAUGGUAGCGACUGGGGUGUGCGUGUGGGGAGGGUUGAGCUCUCAUUCGUGUCUUCCACGAACGCUGAAGUCCUUUCCAGUUCGGACAAUGAAAGUGCCCUCCGGAGGGGCCGAGGGGCUGGGGACCCUCCAGCGGAGAGCACGCGCAGGGAUGUCCGCGGAGCCCCCGCCCCAGCCUCACGUGGACAGGCGGCCCCCAGGCUCCCGGGGGGAGGUCUGGAUGGGGCGGACCUGAGGCGGGCCUAGGGUGGGGCAUGCGGAGCUUCCUUGUCCUGGUACCCCCCCACAUACACUACCCCCCCACCCUUUCCGUUCGUGCCCCCUGCACUGCCCUCACUCCCCCUCCUCCCCGGGCAGCCCUCGGCCCGCCCCUCUCCCCACUCCUUAGGCCCCACCUUCGCUCACGCGCAGCUUUUAGCCCCCUCCUGGUCUUUCAAAGGCACUCAGGAGGACGACUCCGGCCAGACCGAGAAUCUCAGCUCCAGCAUCGUGAGACCUGGAGCCUUGGAGCCUUCGGGAGACGGGGAGCUCACUACCUGUCGAGCUGCUGCCUUGCCUCCAUGGCUGUCCAAGUGGGCCGUCUCUGCCACAUCUCCUUGCACGUCCCCCGCGGCCAGCCCCUGGCCCGGGACUUGCAGCGUUGCUUCGGCUUCCGGCCUGUGGCCGUGCGGGAGUCCGGCGGCUGGCGCCAGCUGGCCCUACGCAGCGGGGACGCCGUGUUCCUGGUGAAUGAGAGCGCGCCGGGCACGGGGGGUGGCCGCGAGGGGCCCCUCUACGACGUGGACUCCGCGCACGCCGUGCCCACCGCCUCCAAUGUGUGCUUCGAGGUGGCCGACGUGCGGGGCGCCGUCGGGGCUUUGCGGGAGCUCGGCUGCCCUGUGGCUGUGCAGCCUCAGGCCGUGGCCGACGCCCAGGGCACAGUUACCUACGCCGUGGUGCGCUCCCCCGUCGGCAACCUGAGCCACACGCUGCUGGAGCGGGGCGCUUACCGGGGGCCCUUCCUGCCGGGCUUCCAGGAAUGCGGCCACCCCGAUGGCGACGGCGACGGCCACAGCCAAGGCGGUUGGUUCAGCCACGUGGACCACGUAGCGCUGGCCUGCCCUCGGGGCAGCUCGGGCCCGUGGCUGCGCUGGUACCAGGAGUGCCUGGGCUAUCGACGCUUCACUUUGGGCCCGGCCGAUGACCACCCUGAGCAGGGCUUGGAGAUCCGGGCUGCGGCCGGGGGCCUGCGGCUGGCUGCCCUGCAGGCGCCCUCGGGCAGUGUGGCUCCUAUGCUGGUGUUGGGCGAAUCGCUGCCAGGCCUGCUGGGGGCCCAGGACCAGGUAGAGCUCUUCCUGGCCCAGCACGGGGGCCCGGGCCUGCAGCACGUGGGCCUCUACACUGGGGACAUCCUGGCCACAGCCCGUCGAGUGGUUGCAGCCAGCGGCAACCUUGUGGCCCCUCCCGCCACCUACUACCAGCAGGCUGGCAAAGUGGCCCAGAUCUUGGCCGUGGGCCAAGAGGUGGGGAGGCUGGCCGAGCUGGGCAUCCUGCUGGACAAGGAUGGAAGGCAAGGUGAGGGUACCAAUUACCUGCUGCAGGUCUUCACCAAGCCCCUCUUUUCGGAGGAGACCUUCUUUUUGGAGCUGAUCCAGAGGCGGGGAGCUACAGGCUUUGGCCAAGGUAACAUCCAGGCCUUGUGGGAGGCUCUGGAGGAGCACAUGGCCACUAGCAAGAGGGCUGGGGAGCCCCGCUGAAGAAGAGAGCCUCCUCAGCCGAGCUGGACCUUGAUGUCCUGACCUGCCUUCUGUGCCAGCCUUGGCUACAUCAGAACCCUCCUCAUGCAGAAGCCCAGCCCCCUCUCAGUGGUGUGUGUGUGCGCAGCCUUACCCACCUCCACUUGGAGGGGCCUGAGAGCCGAGGACCUGGUUGGGUCCUGUCUUCCUCCCACACCCAUCCCCCAUCUGCCCUAUCCAAGGGUGCUAGCUGAGCCUGUCUUUCCAACUUGAAACCCUCCUGGCAUCCUAAGGAAUCGAGACAGAGUUCACAUCUGAAUUUCUACUAGAAAGAGGUCCCAGGGCUGCUUCCUCAGUGACCUUGGAUUUGAUCCUUCCCAGCUAUGGGUCCCAGUUUUCUCCUCUAGAAUAAAAGCUUCCUAAGAGGUCCUUCACCUUAAAUCCGGUGACCCCCUGACCUUAGCCAAACUGUCCUUGGCAAGUGCCUAGCCUGAGGUUGUGCAGGGGCCUUCAUCUUGACCAGGUGUGAUAAGAUUGGCACAGAUGCUAGUGCCUAGGAAGCUGCCAGGAGCCAGGCAACGGCCUGAAAGCCGCCCCUAAGCCAUGGGGGUGGGGGCAGAAGAGGGGAGCCUCUCUGAACCUGAUCCUGGGACCUGGAGGAGACAUUCUUGGGGGGUGGGGAAGGGGAUCUCGCCUCAGCCCCAUACCCGGUCUGUCCUUGGCUAAUAAAGACCUUAAAAGCUC